UUUCCUGCUGGUUGGUAUAUUUAGCGUUUUCUUUAACAAUUAAGCGAUUUGAGUUUUUUUCUGCAGUACAUGUCAACUUUAAGAUGUAAAAAAAAAUGCUUAAUCUAGUCGAGCGAGUGAUAUAGAGGAAGUGUUGUCGAACCUGCUUGUAUUCUCUGCAAAAUGGAACAAAGAAGAUACGCGCAAUGGCUGAUGGAGCUCACGAAAUAUACUCUCUUGACCGCACUACUUGUGUUUGAUGCUAUGGCACGAGCGCAAAUUCAGUACGCCAUAUCAGAGGAUCAGAAGGACGGAUCUGCUGUGGGAAAUAUCGCGAAGGAUUUGGGCAUAGAUCAUAGAAGUUUAAAAGAGCGAGGUUUUCGCAUCGUCUCGAACUCAGGCGAGUCCAUGUUCAGUGUGAAUCAGAAUGACGGUGUCUUGUAUGUGAACGGUGAAAUAGAUAGAGAAGAGGUGUGCGAGAGGAGCACCCCGUGUUUAAUUAAUCUAAAAAUCGCUCUAGAAAACCCACUUGAAAUUCAUUAUAUAAUUGUUGAGAUUUUGGAUGUAAACGAUCACGCUCCGAGUUUUCCUGAAAGCCAGAUGAAUUUAGAGAUCGGAGAAUCUGCCCUUCCCGGUGCAAGAUUUCAACUUCAGGCAGCGCGUGAUUCUGAUAGUGGCAGUAAUUCUGUGCAUCAGUACAAACUCGGUCAUAACGAUAAUUUCCGCCUUGAAGUCAAAGAUCGUGGAGAAGACGGUAAAAUUCCUAUCCUGAUUUUACAAAAGCCUAUAGACCGAGAGUUAACCCGAACCAUUAACUUGCACAUAACAGCUCUUGAUGGAGGAAAGCCUGCCAAAUCAGGGACAAUGGAUAUAACUAUUAACGUGAUUGAUAUAAAUGAUAACGUUCCCGUUUUUACCAAAGAUAUUUAUUCGGUCAUGCUGAAUGAAAAUGCACCUAUAGGUACAACUGUGAUACAGGUUAACGCUACAGAUUUUGACGAAGGCUCAAAUGGUGAGGUUGUUUAUUCAUUUGGUAAAAAUGUUAACAGUAAAGUACGAAAGCUUUUUGAUAUCAACACCAUCACUGGUGAAAUAACAGUAGAAGGGCCCUUGGAUUAUGAGGACAAAGACAGCUAUGAGAUUGACAUACAAGCAUCUGACAGAGGAACUGUUCCCCACAGAACAGAUAAGAGUAUAAUGAUACAAAUUAUCGAUAUAAAUGACAAUGAACCAGAAAUAGAGGUCACAUCAUUUUCAAGUGCAAUUCCAGAGGAUUCUAGACCUGGUACUACAGUGGCUUUGUUGAGUGUCACAGAUUUAGACUCUGGGCUGAAUGGCAAAGUCUCUUGUUUUUUAGAAGAUAACAUGCCUUUCAAAUUAAUACCUUCUUCACAACAUAGCACAUAUUCAUUAGUUACCACGUCACCUUUAGACAGGGAAACAAAAUGUCAGUAUGACAUCACAUUCGUUGCAAAAGAUAUGGGACAGCCCUCAUUGUCUUCUGUUAAAACUGUAACUGUUCUGAUAUCAGAUGUAAAUGACAAUAGGCCAGAAUUCUCAUUUUCUCUGUAUGCGUUUUAUGUGAUGGAAAACAAUGUCCCUGGCAAAGUUUUAUUUUCUGUGUCUGCUACUGACAAAGACUCUAAUGAAAAUGCUAUAGUAAGCUAUCAAAUAUGGAGAGAAAUUACUGAGGAAAACAAAUAUACAUCCUUCAUUAAUAUUAAUUCUGAAAAUGGGGAGAUUUAUGCACUUAAGAGUUUUGACUUUGAAACUGUUAAAACCUUCCAGUUCCACGUUGUUGCUACAGACUUUGGAACUCCAUCUCUGAGCAGUAACGUGACAGUGAACGUGUUUAUUCUGGAUCAGAACGACAACGUUCCAGUGAUCUUACAUCCAGUCAGCACUAAUGGUUCUGCUGAGGGUGUGGAAGAGAUUCCCCGUAAUGUGAAUGCAGGUCAUUUGGUGACUAAAGUCAGAGCCUAUGACGCAGAUAUAGGAUACAAUGGCUGGUUAUUAUUUUCACUGCAGGAAGUUAGUGACCACAGUCUCUUUGGUUUGGACCGCUAUACAGGACAGAUAAGGACCCUUCGCUCAUUUACAGAAACAGACGAGGCCCAGCAUAAACUGCUCAUACUGGUCAAAGACAAUGGGAACAUUUCUCUCUCAGCAACAGCGGCUGUGAUUGUCAAAGUUGUGGAGCCCAAAGAGGCUUUUGCAGUUUCUGAUGUUAAAAACACAGUAAAAGAUGAGGAGGAAAACAAUGUGACGUUUUAUUUGAUCAUCACUUUGGGCUCGGUUUCAGUGCUUUUUGUCAUCAGCAUCGUCGUGUUGAUUGCAAUGCAGUGCUCUAAAUCGACAGACUAUUCGUCCAAGUAUUUACAGGAUACAAAUUACGAUGGGACUCUGUGUCACAGCAUCCAGUACAGAUCUGGAGACAAACGGUACAUGUUAGUUGGACCCAGAAUGAGUAUCGGCUCUACUAUAGUCCCGGGCAGUAAUGGAAAUACUCUAGUGAUCCCAGAUCGCAGGAGGACAGAUUCUGGAGAGGUAAGCAAAUGACUUAUGCAUCUGUGUAUUCAUUGCAGGAAACAAUCUUAAGGCAGAAAUUGCCUGCUCUCUGUGGUACUGAACCUGUUCAGGCUGUUUUUCCAAUGGAACAAUAUUAGUGUCUGUCUUUCUUAGAUUCAGAUUUUAUUUAUUAUUUAGAAUUAGGAUUUACAUUACCAAAGCACUGGAAUAUUACUGAACAUAUAGCCAAUGAAGGAGGAAAGGAAAAAAAAAGGAAGUACUAAUAAAAUAAGUAGGAAUUGAGCAGUUUGUUAUUAUGUUUUCCUUUUAUGCAUUUUGCACAAUGGUUGUAUUGUUCUUUUGUCAUAACAGGCCUUUCAUAUCUUGCAGCCAGGUUUGAGCAUCUCUGACUAGCAAUGAAAAUGGGAUCUUUUCCUGGGUCUGAUUAAAGUUAUUGUGGUGGGCUGUGAAGUAAUGGGGAAAAAAAAAAGUUUUCCUAAUAUGUAUAAUUGAGUCAUAUUAAUAAAGUGCAAUUAUGUUUCAAUUUCAUUUAGUGUGCAGUGCAGUUUUUCAUUUGCCAGGUCUGUCUGUGCCUGUUCAUCUCUAUGGCGAGAAUGUACAGUAUUCACUUGGUCUGUAUAUGACCGGGACUUGUUUAAGUUUAGGGUUGGUCUUGUGGUCAGGUACUCCACCAAUUUUAUAUUCUCUGUUUAGGGACAGAAAUAAUUUCAGUUUACUUUAAGCUGCUUCUGUCCAGUACAGAUUGAAAUAUAUACAGGUAUAUGUAUGUAAUUUGUUUUUGUUUUAAAUUUUUGAUUUUGUUGGUUUGGUCAUGUUUUUGAUUGUGAAUUCAACUGUAAAACAAAAGGACUUAAGUGUGGGAUCAGCUGUUGGUAACUCUGGGCUUUGUGAUGGAGGCUCUGUGUAUCAUUACUAUCUGGGUGGACUGGAAUUUCGAGGCUUAAUAAUUUAAUUAUUAGUUGGUAUCCUACUAC